AUGCGGUUACAUGCAUAUGAUUCAUCCAGGAAUUAUAAAGAAAAGGUGAAAUUUUAUCAUCAUAAAAAGCUGAUAAAGAGAGACUUCACUCCAGGACAGCAGGUGCUAUUAUUCAAUUCACGGUUGAUGUUAUUUCCUGGGAAGCUGAAAUCAAAAUGGUCGGGACCCUUUGUGAUAAAGCAUGUAUAUCCAAAUGGAGCUGUGGAAUUAGAAACUACAGAUAAGGAGAGAAAUUGGGUUGUAAAUGGUCAGAGGCUCAAACAUUAUUUAGGAGGAGAAGUGGAGCAGGUUUCCACCGUACUGAUGUUGGUGGAUCCAUGA